UAAACACGGAAGUCAUUUUGUUUGUCUUAGUCCAGUUCCUGUUGGCCACAGUUUUUUCCCAAACAGGCCUGAAGUCAUCAAUACUUUUUGUGAUUAUUCGUUUCCUUAACACAUCCUGCAUGCCGUGUAUUACAAUUGGCUGCUAGGCUUCGGUGCGUGACGUUAAUGGGACUCAUUUGUGGCAGGCGUCACAAAGUUAGCUUGUACCGGUAGCUCGCUUGCUGCUAUGUGUGCAGAAAUGGCACCCAGCGUAGAUUUUAUUCUCUGACGAGUCCUGAGCUUCUGUUUACAAUGUCGAACGAGGAAGCCAAAUGCACCGCGGUGAACGACGAGGAAGCCUGUGCUCCGUCCGAGUCUAACGAGCACGAUUAUGCCGAUACCGCAGCCGACCUCCAAGGAGAUGCAGAGGCGACGCUGCCCAAAGUGUCCGGUCAGCGUGGCCGUCGGCGGGCGAGGGUCCAGGAGGACAAGACGUGCUGUUGCUGCUGCAGUGAACACUUCGAGCGACAAGGCCGUGGCUUUAAUAGGAGGGCCGUGUUUACGUUCACCACCCCGGAGGCCGCCCAAUGGGUCUUCCCGGACGCGGCGGCCGUCAGUAAGAAGUCGUUUGUGUGCGAAACUUGCGCUCAGGUCAUCAGGACGAAGUGUUGGCGCAAAAACAACGGCAAGCGGGUUGUUUGGCUGAAACCGCCUUCCGCCAAACAGGCGAAUGUUCAACAUAAGAAACGAAGCUUCAGGAUGGGCAAGAAGAGCAAAGCAGCGCUGCUGGUGAGCAAGUCCUGCUACAAGUCUGCCUUCAGGACUCUUUGGUCUGCCAAAGGCGCCAGGAAGCCCAUGAUGGACUUCUUGAGUAGAGAGCUGAGAGAAGAGAUGAAGGUGUUAUCACGGCACGCAGACAGUCCUUUCCACCAGAAGGUGUCGAGCAAAAGGUUGCUGUCCUUCUUCCCGUGGGCGCACUGCCUGAGCUGGGCCCAGGAACACGCUCCGCUCAUCACCACCUGCCUGCGCUCCAUGUUCCCCACCGUUAACGCCCUCGUCAAGAGCAGCCACCAGCUGUCGCAGGAGGAGGCGCAGAUGCAGGUGGUGCGACGCAGUGUGCUGACACUGGCGGUCCCGCUCUUCACCAGGAACAUCUGGAAGAAUAACUUCCUGCAGGCAGCCUUGGGGGCUAAGCUCCGCCUUCAGGGCUGCUCCGGCGCCGCCCUUGACACCCUGAACAGCCUGGGACUUUGCCAGAACAAGGACACCGUCAGGCUACGGCUUCACCAGCUGCGCAGUGGCAGCACGUCUCAGAACGGAGGACAGAGACUCGGUGAAGAUCAGGUAGCCGACAUCAAGGAAGAAGAUGCUGAGGAUGAGGAGGAAGAUGAUGAGGAAGAAGAAGAAGAGGAGGAGGAUGACGAUGAAGAAGAUCAGGUUGCAGUGCAAGAGGUAGAAGAAGAGAUGGAAAAGAGGAGGAGGAAGAAGCAGAGUAAGCGAGACAGAGAGAAGAAUGACGAAGAGGAGGAGCUGGAGGACAAUGACGGCUCGGAGCAGAGGAAGAGGAGGGUGGUGGUGGUGCGACUCGGCCUGCUGAAGGGACACUCAGAGGUCGGGCGAUCUGACCUAUCAGCUCCCUGAUGUGGCAGAAGACCCCAAUGAUGGAGCAGGACAGCAGCCCCCAUCUUCAUUUGUCAAAUCAUCACAAGUCUGUUUUGAAGAUGAUGAUGAAAUUAGCUCAUCUAAUCUGAGGAAACAAAAAAAAAACAGUGGUCACAUGUUUUAUUUGUAUUAUUUUAAUUUUAAGUUCCGCAAAGACUUCCAAGUACAGUACUGUAGUUUUAGUUUCUCAAAGGGUUGGAACAUUUUGAAAUGUACUAUUUUAUAUAUUUAAUUAUUAAGGACAGAUCUUUUUUUUUUUGCCUUUUAAGUUCAAAUUGAAGCCAACCUUGUAAAUAUCAUCAGUAAAAUAUUUCAAGCCUAAGAGCUGCUCCGGUGCAUCAUAGAUGCUGUGUUCUACUUCAUCCAAUGGCAAUUAAAACAGCGAGGAUGACUAA